AACUAAGGUCAUUUUAACCUUAACGGAAAAAAGUAUUAUAAUACAUAUUGCAUUUUUCUUAUCUGAUAAAGGAAUUAAGUCACUUGUUUUAUUACAGAUGUAAAUCCUUGUGACAGUGAUCCUUGUCAAAACUGUGGCACAUGUUCCCGGGUUGGUAUUUCAGACACUUUUACAUGCAUGUGUGCCGCUGGUUUUACGGGGAGAUUAUGUGAAACUGAUAUCAAUGAAUGCAUAAGCGGACCAUGUCAAAACAAGGGCACAUGUACUGACAUAGUAAAUGGCUUUUACUGUUCAUGCCCUGCAGGAUUUGAAGGUGUAGUUUGCCAGAUAGAUAUAAAUGAAUGUCAAGGUAACCCGUGUCAAAAUGGUGGAACAUGCUCUGACCAAGUUAAUAAGUACACGUGUUUAUGUCAACCUGGAUUUGCGGGAAUUAACUGUGAAAUUGAUAUAGACGAGUGCAUCAGUAGACCAUGUGUUAACAAUGGAACAUGUAAUGAUGCUGUGAAUGGAUAUAGCUGUUCCUGCAUUCCUGGCUUUACUGGCACAUACUGUGAAAUAAACAUUGAUGAAUGUCAAAGUGCACCAUGUUUCAACAACGGGACAUGCCAUGAUCUGAUCAAUGGUUAUUUGUGUGAAUGUCUGCCAGGAUAUACUGGGGUAUUUUGUGAAAUAGACAUAGAUGAGUGUCAGAGUGGACCUUGCUACAGCGAUGGGACAUGUUUUGAUCUCAUUAACAGUUUCUUUUGUGGUUGUGUUCAUGGUUAUACAGGAGAGCAAUGUGAAAUAGAUAUAGACGAAUGCGAGUUUGACCCAUGUUUGAAUGGUGGUAACUGUGCAGAUCUCAUAGGGGCAUUCUCGUGUACAUGUUUACCAGGAUUCACAGGAACAAUUUGUCGAACAGAUAUCAAUGAAUGCAUAAGCGGACCAUGUCAAAACAAGGGCACAUGUACUGAUAUAGUAAAUGGCUAUUACUGUUCAUGCCCUGCAGGAUUUGAAGGUGCUGUUUGCCAGAUAGAUAUAAAUGAAUGUCAAGGUAACCCUUGUCAAAAUGGUGGAACAUGUUCUGACCAAGUUAAUAAGUACACUUGUACAUGUCAACCUGGCUUUGCGGGAAUUAACUGUGAAAUUGAUAUAGACGAGUGCAUCAGUAGACCUUGUUUUAAUAAUGGGACAUGUAAUGAUGCUGUGAACGGAUAUAGCUGCUCCUGCAUCCCUGGCUUUACUGGGACAUACUGUGAAAUAAACAUUGAUGAAUGUCAAAGUGCACCAUGUUUCAACAACGGGACAUGCCAUGAUCUGAUCAAUGGUUAUUCGUGUGAAUGUCUGCCAGGAUAUACUGGAGUCUUUUGUGAAAUAGACAUAAAUGAGUGUCAGAGUGGACCUUGCUACAACAAUGGGACAUGUUUUGAUCUCAUUAACAGCUUCUUUUGCGGUUGUGUUCAUGGUUAUACAGGAGAGCAAUGUGAAAUAGAUAUAGACGACUGCGAGUUUGACCCAUGUUUGAAUGGUGGUAACUGUGCAGAUCUCAUUGGGGCAUUCUCAUGUACAUGUUUACCAGGAUUUACAGGCACGAUUUGUCAAACAGGACUGAAUCCUUGUGAUUCAAAUCCAUGUAAGAAUAAUGGAAAAUGUGAGGCUUACAAUGAUACAUACUUCAUAUGUGACUGUAUCGAUGGAUGGGGUGGUGAGAAUUGUGCAUAUCGCGAACAAAACGGAUCAUUUGUAAACUCAUCGUUAAUGAUAAGCUCACAUAUGCAUUAUUCAGACUGCAACUGCUUUCUAGGACACGCUAAACAACAACAUUGCUACAAGUAUAAAGCAGAAAACUCAAUUGGGUUUGGAUUUCUAGGAACAUUUCUCGGUAUUCUGACGGUGGUAGGAUUUUAUGCAUCAUACUUGAUUUGUCUCAGCAAGUCGGAACCAGCUUUAGAAACUGACAACAAUAAAGUAAUUCCGCUUGACGAGGAGAUACGAGACGAUAACGAUAAUGGCAAAGACAAGCAUUUACAUACGGACACGUUGCAACUUGAGGAAAGCAAGAAACAAAAAGAGUCUGAACGGGUUAAGCAACAUGUACAUAGACAUAAGCACAGGAAGUGUUGGGCAUGUGAAGUAAAAUACAAUGGUGUACCUCCACCAAUUUUCUGGGGGAAAUGCCAGAAGCAUAGGUAUAUGGCAUGUUGCACCUUGUCCUUCUACAUUAGUGAAAUAAAUAAUGUACCUGAAGUCUACAUUGACAUAGAACACGGGAAAGCUCAUAUCGAAUUUACGUAUAAGCUUGGCUGGACAUUCAGUCAUGGCGCAGGCUGUACUUCUUCGCUUGUUGGUUCUUAUGUGAAUAAAACUCUUUUCGACUGGAAAUGUACCUACGGAUGCGGAAGCGGAUCAAUUACAUUGUCAUCAAAAGGAUAUACAUGCAUAUCCGCCAGCAGCUCACAAAACUGGGAAUUAGGGGAAUAUUCCUUUUCAUAUACGUUUAGUUCAGAUGGAAAAUUCACCGUUAGUUAUUCAAGUUGUUGCUGGAUAGCUUUAGAUUAUGGAACAGGAUCAACGGACAUAAGCCUUGCAACCACCGUAGAUUUACGAUUACGAUCAGACUUGAAAGUUCCAAACACUAGUCCUGUUGCCUCUUCAAAACCUUUAUACACGAUUAAACAUGGAUGCACAGAGACAAUAAAGAUACCAGUAAUAGACAAAGAUGGAGACAAUGUUAGAUGUAGAUGGGCUGUAGGAGAUGAGUGCGGUGGGGCCUGCUCGAGAAUUCAGAAUGCAGUCUUAGACGCUGACAAAUGUACACUGACCAUAGACGCUAUAGGAAACGCGGAUGAUACUUAUGCCGUUGCUAUGGUGGUAGAGGACAGACCCAAUAGUACAAUAACUUUAGGUGACGAAACUUUCACAUCUAAAGAUACUUUGUCAAGCGUUCCUAUUCAACCUACACCAGUGGAAGGUGAAGUCAUAGUUGUGCCACCGGCAAAGGCGCUUGUCCUUAGUGUGUAUGCUACAUCUGAAGGGUCUAGUAUCAAGGAAUUUCUGUCAGUUGGACCUCCGGGGAUGCAAAAAUCAACGAUUCGCCAAUUAAGCCAUUCACCCCAGGUAUAUUCUGUUGGUCUAACAUGGGUACCAACACCUGCUGAUAAAGGUUCACAUUCACUGUGUGUAGAGGCCACGGACACCUUUGAAAUGAGUAGUGACACAAGAUGUGUAAUAAUAGCUACUUCGGAAAUUGAUGAAUGUCUAAGUGCACCAUGUUUCAACAACGGGACAUGCCAUGAUCUCACCAAUGGUCAUACGUGUGAAUGCCUGCCAGGGUAUACUGGAGUCUUUUGUCAAAUAGACAUAGAUGAAUGUCAGAGUGGACCUUGCUUUAACAAUGGAACAUGUUUUGAUCUCCCCAACAGUUUCUUUUGUGGUUGUAUUAAUGGUUAUACGGGAGAACAGUGUGAAACAGAUAUAAAUGAAUGCGAGUUUGACCCAUGUUUGAAUGGUGGUAACUGUACAGAUCUGAUUGGAGCAUUUUCAUGUACAUGUUUACCAGGAUUUACAGGAACAACUUGUCAAACAGGAAUGAAUCCUUGCGAUUCUGAUCCAUGUAUGAAUAAUGGCAUAUGUGAGGCCGUCAAUAGUACGUACUUCAUCUGUGAUUGUGAUGAUAAUUGGGAAGGUAUACAUUGUGCGUACAGAAAACAAAAUGAAUUGUUCGUUAACUCAUCGUUAAUGGUAAGCCCACAUAUGCAUUACACUGAGUGCAACUGCUUUCUUGGACACGCCAAACAGCAACUUUGCUACAAAUAUAAAGUAGGAAAUUCCAUUGGUUUCGGUAUUCUUGGAACAUUUCUGGGUACUCUAACCGUAGUAGGUUUCUAUGCAGCAUACUUGUUUUGUCUCAUCAAGAUUGAACCAGCUUUAGAAACAGACUGCAAGAAAACAAUUCCGCUAGACGAGGAGAGACAAAAAAGAUGUCGAGAAAGAGGAAGACAAGAAUAUGCACACGGAAUCACUGCAGGCCGAGGAAAUCUCAGAGAGCAAGAAAGAGACAGAUCCCCUUCUUAUGAAUACGAUAGAAGUGAAACCCCCACUUGCUUUAUUCAUACCGAAUCCUGCAGAGCUAUCAGAAUGGCGUGUUUCAGAAGUUCAAAAUUAAUUUUCAGUUUUAACAUACUGCUGUUAAUGCAGCUAGUGUAUGUUGCUAACAGCAGUUACUACCGUGGAGGAACUAUAAGCUGGGCAGCAAACAACACAACUGAUAUAAAAUUUCACAUCCGGAUGUCAUGGAAAUAUGGCAGUAAUGGCUGUUUUGGAAAUACAAGUUCCGGAAGUUACGUGUCUUCACUGUCUGGGGACAAGUGGCGAUGUUCUACCGGAUGUGUCGGGACACCAACGAUUGGGGACAAUAGCUACUAUUGUAUAAAUGCAAAUUCGACUGAAGACUGGGAGCUCGGGGAGAAGAAAUUUGAUUACAACACGAAUGCAAUUUCCAAUAACAAAUUGCUGAUAACAUAUGAAGCAGGGAGUUGGAUGCCACUUGGUUACGGGCUCGGCGGAAACUGGAGAUUAGAGACGCAGGUUGAUCUCAGAACGCGGAGUGAUACGGGCAACCCAAACAACAGUCCGAUAACCUCAUACAUGCCAAUUUAUAAAUUGGCACAUGGAUGCUCUGCAACAAUAUCUGUUCCGAUUCAUGACGUUGAUGGUGACGUCACAAAAUGUCGUUGGGCUUCUAACGGUGAAUGUGGUGAUAUGUGUGACAAUGUCACGAAAACGCUGCCAAACGGAACCCUAAAACAACAACCGUGUACAUUAACAAUAGAUGCUAAAACAGGUAAUGGAUAUACGGCGGGAUCGUACUAUCUAAUUGCUUUAACCAUAGAGGACUUCCCAAAAUCUUCAUUAUCUCUAGACAAUGUGUCUGUGCCAACCACACAACCCUUAAGUUCCAUCCCACUUCAGUUUUUGGUGUUUGUGGAAAAUGCAACAACAACUUGUAGCAGUAGCCCGGUAUUUACCGGAACACCAUCAGACGGUCAGGAGUUCAUUGUGCCAACGGCUAUUUCUUGGCUACAAAGAGUUUAUGUACAGGCCACAAGCGGUAGCAUGCCGUCUGCUAUGAGAUUAUCGGGACCACAGGGAUUGACUGUUUCAGCGUUCCAGCCAGACGAUUUAGGAAGACCUACCGUUAUGUAUGCAGAUUUAAGCUGGACACCCACAUCGACUAUGAAUGGCAUUAACAUGGUGUGUUUUAUUGCCGAGGAUGAUGCAGGAAGGCAAUCCGAGCAGAGGUGUUUUGUACUUUUAACUGGUUAUCCUGACCCAUGUUCGAGCACCUCGUGCACAAAUGGAGGUCAAUGUGACAUUUCAUUUACGAACUUCACCUGCACCUGUCCGAAAGGAGUUUAUGGAACGCUGUGUGAACACGAUAUUGAUGAAUGUAAACAAGCGCCUUGUGAAAAUGGAGGACAGUGCUUCAACAGAAUUGGUGAUUACACGUGUUUCUGUCGACCUGGUUUUGCUGGCAAGAAUUGUUCAGACUCAGACUAUUGUUCAUCGUAUCCAUGUCAAGGUCAAGGUGAUUGUGUACAUAAUACGACGUUAUCGUCGUUCUCGUGUGACUGUUACCAUGGAUACAGCGGUAAAACGUGUCAAAUAGAUGAAGACGAUUGCACGAGUAACCCGUGCAUGAACGAUGGCGAAUGUAUUGACCUGGUUGGAGGCUUCAACUGUGAAUGUCCCCCGCAAUAUACAGGACAGCAUUGUGAAGACGAAAUUGAUUUCUGUGAUCCGAAUCCAUGUCAAAAUGGCGGCGUAUGCCGAAGACUGACAAAUGAUUAUGUAUGCGACUGUCCCGAUGACGUCAUUGGUCUUAACUGUGAAAUUUCCAUUGAGCAGAUGUGUAAUGGCGACAAAUCUUACUGCACGUGUCACGUAAAUGGCGAACAUGUUCGUGUUCCUAUACCAGAUCCCGUUAAUGACGAGACUUAUGAACGUGAUUUGAGAUCAGGCGUUAUCGGUUACCCAGUUGGCCUGCUUAUCGGUAUUGGCUGUUGUGCCUUGUUCCAUUACGCUGUCCGUCCAAGAUGCAGAAAGAACGCUGGUCCUAAAAGAAGGAAAAUGUCGUCUGCCAAUUCUCUUUCAUCAUCAAGAUCAACAGUUUAUCCUGCAAGAAUGACUCCACCUCCACGUUAUUCUACCCUGGAUCUCGUUGCUGAAUCAAAUAUUUGAAUUUGUUGAAACAUGAUAUAGUUUUAUUGACAGAAA